GCAUUCGAUACCAUACAAAGUCGCCCUGCAAUUAAACUUUGGAACUGCUAUGUGCGCAGACACCGCCGACUUUCAGCAUGUUUUGCGAGAAGUGAAAUAUACAUGACAACGGACCAUCGUCUGCAAUUCACGGAAGCUAAAAACCUAGCCCUGUGAUUUCUACCAAAACCUGACAUCUGUUUUCCUUUUUUUUUCCCUAUGCUUGAUUUUGCAACCCUAUAUUAUUUGGCAAGUCCUCUGUAAUAGAAUCGAUAUUUUGUGGAGUGAAUAUUGAAGCAGGAAGGGGGAGUUGAAAAAAUCAAAACACGAGGUCGCCAGGAUGCUGAAUCUAAACAGUGGAGGUUUGGGAAAUAACCGUUUAUGAUACAAAGUCUUAGUGGGAAGAAAGACCGGAUGUGAAAUGUGAAAUUGUGGCAAAAAAAGAUAGAGGAUUGAAAUGCCGUCACAUUCCCGGAACAAGAAACGAAACAACCGGCCCCCACCGACCCGAGAGGCCGAGUACAAAGUCAUGAUAGAUAUUGUGAACGAUGUUUGUCUCGAAAUCAGAAAGUUCGCGAAAAAGUACAUCAACGACAUUGUGCUGAAGUAUGACAGCUGUGCCACGUGUCUUAACGAGCUGUUGGCGAGCUGGCAAAUGGACUCUUCGCAAUUCUCAACCUCCAAAGAAUUCUGGGAGAAACAUAAAAUCAAAUUAGUGGACGAAGAUAUACGGAAAAAGAAAGAGUAUAAAGAGUUAGUGUUUAUUUGUGAGAGGGCUCGAACAUUCGAGCGCAUGAUACCAAACUUAAGGGAGAGGUUGGUUGAAUGUGCGAGGGAUCACCUUUACAAAUACUGUCGGAGUUUUAUCGAAGAAACUUACGACGAAGUACAAAUUCGACCGAUUAUCGAAUAUGAGGAAUUGAUAACGACUAGCAAAAAGGAAAUUGAUCAAAAAAUAGACUUCUUGAAUAACAAUAUUCUAAAAUACGGUGAAAUGAAAUCGCCAUUCAGUGAGUUCAUAUCAAAAGGCCAUAUCCAUACGGCUUUGAUGGAAGAAAUAUGUGUUCUGAAUAUUGAGAUCGCUCACGCCAUAAAAAAAUGGAUCGCAGACGAUUCAUCGUACCCAGAGCGAUUGCUACAAGAAGUCUUUUUCAAUAAUUCCUAUAAGGAAAAUCUAGUCGAAAACAUUAAAAAACUGGAGGAAGAAAAACAAGUGGUUGUCAAAAACCUGGAUAAAAAACAUCGAGUGAAUUAUGCUGUGAUGCGAGAUCAUGCUUAUCAUAAAAAGGAAAAACACAAACUGAAAAACAGUUUAGAGACUGUCAACUUAAAAAUCGAAAAACUAGAGAAACAAAUCGAAAAUAAAAAUGAAGAAAUCUCUGAAUUAAAGGAGGCAGUGGCGGAUAAGACUCCCAUGGCUCCAAGGGACCGCCAAGAAUUGCGACGGAAGCUAGAGAAAGCAGAGGCGGAUCUAGACCGUUUCCAUGAGCGAAAGGAUGUGAUGGAAAGACAGCACGGGCGGCUGGACAAAGAACUCAAGCAAGUCUCGGACAGGACGUAUGAACUCAAAGUAGAGGUGGUCACCAACAGGCAUGACCAGGAGGAGAUGAGACAGGGAAUUCUGGGAAUUGAAAUCGAAAUGAAAUCCAUCUUGGAGCGGCUGAGUAGUAUUGACGAAAAGCAAGAAAUUCUGAAAAGGGUGAGGGAGCUGAAGCUAUCUCCAGAUACCCUGAGACGGAUUAACACGAGGCGACAGGAGGUUACUACAAAAGAGAAAUCGCCAUCACCAGUAGUGCAUGCACAUCAUAAUGGGCUAGUUCAACUGGAUGACGCCUGUCGAUAUGUCGCCUUCCACAUCGGCAAGGACUGGAAGAAACUGUACGAUCGUCUGCCUUUCGUGCCCCCACGUGACCCCGACAGACGACAGAAGGACGUGGAGGUCAUAGACAACAUUUCGGCCCGUCAAGACAGAACCCCCGAGGAAUCAGCAUUACGCUCCCUAGAAAAAUGGCGGUCCUUUAACAGACAGGGUGAUAUUAUCCAACUUAUCCGAGGACUUCGUAAACUGAACAAAGUCGAGCUGGCACAGAAACUGGAGAGCAGAUUCACUAUACAAAAUGUCUACGGAUAA